AUGUCUCUGCAAAUCAACCUCUCGCGCAGAGAAUUGACGCAAGCGUACCAGGAUGUCCUCAAUGGCAGGGAUAUCGACUGGGCCAUAUUCACGUAUGACAAGGGUACCAACGACCUGAAGGUCCAGGCGACUGGCGAUGGCGGCUUGGACGAGUUGCAGGAGGAGUUCUCUGACGGGCGAAUGCAAUAUGCAUUUGCACGUGUCAAGGACCAGAAUAGCGAGUUGCCCAAGUUCGUUCAAAUUGAUUGGUGCGGUGAUGGCGUUCCGGUCGCUAGGAAGGGUCUGUUCCACACACAUUCAAGCGCAGUUGCCAACUUCCUCCGUGGUGCACAUGUCGUCAUCAGUGCGCGCAACGAGUCGGAUGUAACCCCUUCCCUUAUCAUGUCCCGUGUGGAAGCUGCAUCUGGCGCAAAGUAUUCCGUACACAAGGAGACCGCGCGUAAAUUUGAGCCUAUCGCUCCCGUAGGUACAUCCUACACCCCAAUUGGCAAGGUCGACAUCGGCGCGAUCCGCAACGCCGCUACCGCCGCCCCCGCUACGAAGCCAAUCACCCCAAGCACGCCGCGCUCCGUUCCACUCGCGCCCUCUCCUGCGCCUGGGCUCGGCAGGGCGCCCAUAGCUAACAGGGCACCAGUGGACGCGUGGCCGGAAGAUUCACAGCCCGCGUUACCGCCAGCUCCGCCCUCCGCGAACCGGCCGCCUGUUGUUACCCGUGCAGCUCAGGCCGUACCUCUGCUUCAGUCGUUUGACAUCACGCAGCCCCCUCGUAGCGUCCCAACCGCACCUUACAUAGCUCCCACUGCGGCGACUCCGCCCAAGCCUGAGGAGGAUGACAGGAUUGGGCCAGUCGGUACCGCAUACACGCCGAUCAAGCUGCAGCCAAAGAAGCUCGUGAACCCGUUCGCAGCUAGGGAGGCGCAAGUGCAGGCCAAGGCCACACAACCGAGGUCACAGCCAACUGCAGGUACGAAGCUGACAUGGAGGGAUCGUGAGGCUCUGGCGAAGAAACGAGCCGAAGAAGAAGAGUCGAAGAGUCGUGCAGCAUCAUUCCAGGCGCCACCGUCUGCACCAGCACCAGCUUUCAGAUCUCUACCGCCUCGACCGCCUGUUGCUCCUGCAGAGCCCGAAGAGGAGGAGGAAUAUGCGCCCCCGCAUCCACCCGCACCGCCAGCUACAAUGCGCGCGGCAGUACCCUCCGCGCCUUCACCCCCUCCCCCACCGCCUCCGCCGCCUCCGCCGCUCGCAGCAGAACCAGAACCGGAGCCCGAGCCCGAAGAGGCUGCUCCACCUCCGCCUCCUCCUCCACCUCCGCCUCCUCCUCCCGCUGCACCUGUGUACGUGGAGGAGCCGGAGCCAGAACCGGAGCCAGAGUCAGAGCCAGCACACACCUCGCAGGCGUACCCGCGCGGGGAAGGUCUCUGUGCGAUCGUGCAAUUUGACUACGAGGCAAGUGCCGUCUGCUCGGUUGGUAUGCGCCAGAUGGCCCAAGAGGAUAACGAGAUGAGCCUUGUGGAAGGUGAACUCAUCGAGCAGAUCGAGCAGGUCGACGAGGGUUGGUGGUCUGGUGUCGGCGACGGUGGAGCGAAGAGCGGGCUGUUUCCAGCGAACUAUGUCGAAGCCAUUGAGCAGCCAGAGGAGUCCGAAGCACCACCGGCGUCUCCACCCCCGCCCCCGCCUCCUCCGCCCCCGCCGCCGCCUCCCGCCCCGGUGGCGGUUCAGCAUGUGCCCGAACCAGAGCCGGAGCCCGAACCAGAGGCCGCUGCAGGCGUCACCGCAAUCGCACUAUACGAUUACGAUGCGGGCGAGGACAACGAACUAUCGUUCCGCGAGGGCGACCGGAUCGUGGAGAUCGAGGCCGCGUCGGAGGACUGGUGGCAGGGCAAAGACCAGCAUGGGAACGUAGGGCUAUUCCCUGCUAACUACGUUGUGGUGCAAGAAUAGGAUGAAGUGGUAACGGGACAAGUCAAGAGCGAGCGUACUAAUGUUAUCUCAAUAUGGACUUUAAUGAAAUAGGGACUUCAGUCUAUCUCC